AUGUUAUCUACUUACCAGGAGCUGUUCAAUCCUCCUUUUCAUUAUGAACAGCAGCGCACAGCCAGCUUACAAACUUCGCUGGAUCGCCUUCAGGAUAAUUUCAGUGUCUUGGCAGCUGCUAGAAAUGAUGAGCGAUUAGCGUUUGAGGAGAAAAUUGGGCAGAAUGAAGUGCUUGUGGAAAUGCUGCGAAAAAAUCACGAACAAAAACAGAAUGAACUGCGAAUUGCCAUCAACGAAAGGGAUUUACUAAAAGCUCGACUCGAAGAGUUGGGGAAUGAUUAUGAGUCGUACAAGUCUCGUGCUCGUUAUGUCUUAGAGCAGAGAGCGCAGAGCUCGAACGAACAGGUAAAUCAAAGUAUAGAUUUCAAUGCUGCAAACGAUGCCAUAUCCGAUCUGAAACGAACACUACAGCUUUUGCGAUUCGCUCAUGAUGAAGCUCUGAAACUUGCACGCAAAGAUCGUGUACUGCGAGAAAAAGCUGAAUCAAGCGCUCGUUCGGCCAAAGCUGAAAUAGUAGAGAUCUACGAUCAUAUGGCGAUUGUACGCGAAGAGUUGUUCAACAGCAGAACGGAACUGAAAGAUCGUAAUGAAGAAUGCGCGCACUACCAGAAACAAAUUUCUGAUUUGGAAAAAAGAGUGCAAGAUGAGAAUAGAGAGAAUCUGCAGGUUAUAAAAAUGCUGAAAGAAGAUAUAGCCAAGCGAGAAAAGGUUGAAAACACUUUGACUGAUGAAGUGCAGAAUGCCAAGAAGCGCUAUCAGAAGGCCAUGAACUUGCUCGAAGAAUGGAAAAAUCUAAGUUCACGUCCUGCUUCCACUGACAUUCCCCAGGCAAGGUUCGAUUCAGUUGAGAAUUAGUA